CGACAACGAGCCUUAACGUAACACAACAACGGAACGAGAGGAGGAAAAUAACACUGAACACAUAUGAACUGCUAAUCUGAUUUAAUCAAUAAAGUGCAAAUAAACAACACUAACAAUGCGACGAUUGGGUUCAGUGCAGCAGAAAAUCCCAUGUGUGUUUUUGACGGAGGUGAGAGAUGAACCGUCUAGAAAACGCGACUGUCAGCAAUAUCAGGUGGUCGCCACUGAGCACGUGAACCCUGCAGCUCUCGAGUCUGAUAUUCACUGCGCAACUGCAACGGAGAAGAUUGAUGGGACCUGCUGCUAUGUCACCAAAUACAGGGGGGAGACGUAUCUCUGGGCCCGCUUAGACCGGAAACCCACCAAGCAGGCGGACAAGAAAUUUAAAAAGUAUCAGUAUUCGCAGAAGACCUGUAAAGGCUUUGUGUGGAACGUAGAUGAAGAUUUCCGAGAAGUGCCAGAGUCCUGGAUUCCUGCUCACGGGGUCCGGCAUGAGAACGGUCAUCCAGUACCGGAUGAACACGGGCACAUUCCAGGCUGGGUUCCUGUUGACCAUUCCAAUAAACAGUAUUGCUGGCACGCCUCUGUGGUUAACUAUCCCGCUGGUGUGGCACUUGUCUUGAGGGUACAAGGGAAAGAAGAAGGAUUGCUUGAGAUUGUCAAUGUCCCUCUGGCAGACCUCAUGGAGCAAACUCUAGAGCUCAUCGGGACGAAUGUUAACGGAAAUCCAUAUGGUUUGGGAAGUAAGAAACAUCCAAUCCAUGUUCUGGUACCACACGGGAUCCUACAGAUCAGAAACCCUCCUCCAGUGGAAUUCCAGCAGUUGAAUUCCUGGUUUCAGGAAUGUCAGGAGGGUCGAGUGGAAGGAAUCGUAUGGCACUGUAAUGAUGGCACGCUUGUAAAGAUACAUCGGCAUCACCUUGGACUGAAAUGGCCUCUUAGUGACACCUUUCUGAACACCAGACCUGUGGUCAUCCAUGUAGACCAAACAGAUUCUGAUACAGAUGUCUCAUUGAAAGACUUGUUUAAAUUUUUCUCCAGCAUUAAUGGACGACAAUUUUGCUGCAUACGGGACAUCCAGUUUGAACCCUGAUCCCCUAUUUCAAACUAUCAAACAUUCCUAUUUACUGUUCACAUAUGCAAAUUCCUUAACAUGGCCUAAAGGUCGAAACAUCUUCAUUGAUAACACUUAAUAUGACAGGUGUGUCAUUAUUAAAAUGUCACAGUUU